UUUGCCUGCUGCCCGCCCAAUUGCCCCCGUCGCCGGCCUCUGCACCCACCCCGCCCCCGCCGCAUGCUGCAAACCUGACCGCCGGGCGGGUGCCACGACACACAUCCACAUCCACCAUGGCCAUCUCACUGCGGGACCGACAGAUAGCUUCAAUCAAGCGCCUGCUCAACCUCAACCCCCCCGUCGACGCCGAUGCCGCCCAAGACGACUCCAGCGAGGUCACGAACCCCGAAAUAGCAUGGCGUGUCCUGGUCUACGACGAUGCCGCCAAGGCAGUCGUGAGCUCUGUUCUGCGCGUCAACGACCUGCGCGCCGCUGGGGUCACUGUGCAUUUGAAUCUCAAAUCGCGGCGCAGUCCUAUCCCGGCGCCUGGAAUUUACCUUAUGGCCCCCACGGCUGAGAACCUAUCCCUCGUUACCAAAGACCUGGGCGAGGGCUUGUAUACGCCUGCAUACGUCAACUUCCUCUCAAGCGUUCCCCGCCAACUGCUCGAAUCAUGGGGCGCCGAACUGGCGACCAUGCCUGACGCUGCUAGCAACCUGGCCCAGAUUUACGAUCAAUACUUGAACUUUGUGACGUUGGGCCAUGAUCAGUUCAGUCUUAACAUUGACCAGUCAUAUUACCGCCUAAACUCUUCGCGCACAGAAGAUGCAGAGCUCGACGCGCACAUGGACCGCAUCGUCUCGGGUCUGUUUUCCGUCGUGGUGACCAUGGCAGUCGUCCCGAUUAUAAGAGCUCCCAGAGGCGGCGCGGCCGAAGUUAUUGCUGCGAAGCUCGACCGAAAGUUGCGGGACCACGUACUCAACAACAAGGAAAGCCUCUUUGCAUCAUCCACAGCUUCUCGUCCAUUGCUCGUCAUUAUAGACAGGAACGCCGAUCUCAACCCAAUGCUCAGUCACAGCUGGAUAUAUCAAAGCCUCGUGUAUGACGUUUGCAAAUUUCACUUGAACAAGAUCGAAGUGACUGUUCCAAACGACAAGAACAAGCCAGAGAGCGGCACCAAGAAGCAGUCGUACGAUUUGGCUGCAACGGAUUACUUCUGGAACCGCAAUGCCUCGCAGCCGUUCCCAAAUGUCGCUGAGGAAGUGACGAAUGAGUGGACAAAAUACUCAGAAGAUGCAGAUGCGCUCACCAAGAAGACGGGAUCAUCGUCACUGGAUGAUCUCUCAGGGGAAAGCAAUCAGUUCGCAGCACAUCUCAAGGGUGCGCUGACUCUGCUCCCCGAACUUAGAGAGCGAAAAGCAACCAUUGAAGCCCACAUGUCCAUCCUCGAAGCCAUCAUGGAGGGAAUCAAGCAACGUAAACUUGACGAGUUCUUCCAGUUGGAGGAAGAGAUUGACAAGCAAACCAAAUCGUCCAUGAUGGAGGUCCUCAAAGACCCAGCAAAGGGUCAGGAUCCAAUGGACAAGUUUAGGUUUUUCUUGCAGUGGUAUCUGACGACUGAACAAGAAGUGUCGCGCGCUGAGUUGGAAGGUUUCGAUAAUGCUCUCAAAGCCGCCGGCGUAGACACAACGCCGCUUGCAUACAUCAAGACAGUGCGGCAAAUCACUCAGAUGAGCAUGCUCUCGUCUUCGGCCCCUGCACAACCCGCGCAGGCGUCUUCGCAACUAUUUGGCGGCUUCACAAGUCUCUCGUCGAGGGUAACGGACCGAUUCAAAGAAGCCGGCUUGGGUGCAAACUUUGAAGGUGUACUUGCGGGGAUCAAAUCAUAUCUGCCUGCCAAUCAAGAUCUUACCAUUACCAAGAUUACGGAAUCUCUCAUGGAUCCCCAAAACGCCACGUCGAGCGCGCUUAACAAGACUGAAAACUACCUUUACUUUGAUCCCCGGUCAGCUAAUGCUCGUGGAACCGUGCCUCCGGCAAGUCAAUCACGAAACCAGCAAAGCAGUGUUGGACGCGGCAUCGACGCGACAUUUGGACAGAGGCGGCAAGGCUUUUCGGAAGCCAUUGUGUUUCCCGUUGGCGGGGGUAGUAUGGAUGAAGAGACCAACAUCCAGGCGUGGGCCAAGCGGACGAGUGCUGCAGCUGGGACAGGUCCGAAACGACGGAUCGUAUACGGCAGUACGAAGCUGUACUCGGCCAGGGCGUUCAUUGAAGAGGAGCUAAUCCCACUCGGGAAAGAAAGUAUCUAAUCAAUUUCCUUUUGUGGGAAUUACAGAAACGGAGCAUUGUGUCUGAUAGACGUCUCAAUAUAGCAUGGGCUGUAGAUAUUAACAGAUGCCGUUGUCGCAUGCGCUCCGAGUCCCCGGGUGUGUUACGUGUUGAUGAUUGCUUUCUUCUUUCUCUUGCGUGGCUUAC